GGCGGGCCCGGCCCGGCGCCGGUUCAGCCCCGCCGGGCCUCCCGGCGCAGAAGCCCCGCGCCCGCCGCCUCGCCUCCGGGUGCCCGCUCUGCGCCCCUCCUCCCCGCCGAGCGACCGGGCCCCGGCGGCCCCCUCCCCUGACCCGAACCAGCCCCAAACGGACCCGCACGGACCGCCGAGCCCCGGGGACCCCCGGCUUCUCCCGCCCCCAGCGGUCAGGUCCGCUGUCGACAUUGCCUCUGAGGUUGGCCCGGCCCCGUAGGAGGCGGAGAGGGCUCUUUGAAGAGAAUUACGUUUUGUCUGCCUGGACUGUGCUGCAUUUCAGACAUGCGGUAACAAGAUAGGAAGCACCCCUGAAGGUUUGCAUUAGCAGACAGCCCUUGCCACUGUGCGUCCUCCACUGGGAGCUGUGAACUCUACCCGCGUCGCUCUGCCUGGUGGGCUGCAGAGCCAUGGCAACCGAGGAGAAGAAGCCCGAGGCUGAGGCCGCCCGAGCACAGCCCACCCCGUCGUCGUCGGCCACGCAGAGCAAGCCCACACCUGUCAAACCAAACUACGCUCUGAAGUUCACCCUGGCCGGCCACACGAAAGCUGUGUCCUCCGUGAAGUUCAGCCCGAAUGGGGAGUGGCUGGCGAGUUCGUCUGCAGAUAAACUCAUUAAGAUUUGGGGAGCAUACGAUGGGAAAUUUGAGAAAACCAUCUCUGGUCACAAGCUGGGAAUAUCUGACGUGGCGUGGUCCUCAGAUUCUAACCUCCUUGUUUCUGCCUCAGAUGACAAAACCCUGAAGAUAUGGGACGUGAGCUCGGGAAAGUGUCUGAAAACCUUGAAGGGACACAGCAAUUACGUCUUUUGCUGUAACUUCAACCCCCAGUCCAACCUCAUCGUCUCGGGCUCUUUUGACGAAAGCGUGAGGAUAUGGGACGUGAAGACGGGGAAGUGCCUCAAGACCCUGCCCGCGCACUCGGACCCCGUCUCAGCCGUUCAUUUUAAUCGUGAUGGAUCCUUGAUAGUUUCAAGUAGCUACGAUGGUCUCUGUCGGAUCUGGGACACCGCCUCGGGCCAGUGCCUGAAGACACUGAUCGACGAUGACAACCCUCCCGUGUCGUUUGUGAAGUUUUCUCCGAAUGGCAAGUACAUCCUGGCCGCGACCUUGGACAACACGCUGAAGCUCUGGGACUACAGCAAAGGCAAGUGCCUGAAGACGUACACGGGCCACAAGAAUGAGAAGUACUGCAUAUUUGCUAAUUUCUCCGUCACUGGAGGGAAGUGGAUUGUGUCGGGCUCGGAGGACAACCUGGUCUACAUCUGGAACCUGCAGACCAAGGAGAUUGUACAGAAGCUUCAGGGCCACACAGACGUUGUCAUCUCGACCGCCUGUCACCCGACCGAGAACAUCAUCGCUUCGGCCGCCCUGGAGAACGACAAGACGAUCAAGCUCUGGAAGAGUGACUGCUAGGCCCGCCGCGCGGGGGCUGUCGGGAAGCCCACCCGGACUGGCGGGGGCGCGGCUCCCGGAGGGGCUCCCGGGGUCCGGGCCUGGGGGCCGGAGGGGCUGGGCCUGAGCCGCCUCUGAAGACGACUUGCCUGGGGCGUGUCUCCCACUGGAGGGUUCUAGAAGUUGCUGGUGAAGUUUCUCGCCAAUUCCUCUCACCGUUGGGGAAGAGUUCCUAGUCUGUGUUGUGUUCAAAGAGAGUCAACAGAAAUUUUUAAUUUUUUAUUACAAAAAGGUGAAGUUCAAUUUA